AUGCGAGUACGAAGAAGAUUCCCAACUAUGGAAUCGAUGGUAGAAGCUGGAUUUCUGAACUUGGACGAGCUGAAAGAGCUCAGCAAGAUCGAUUUGGCAUACAACAGGUACUGGACUCCUAUCCACUGGGCUCUUGGAGUUUCAUUCCAAGCUCUGGAAAAGAAGUACUUUGAAACACCUUGGGCAAGGAUUUGUGUACAGAACGAGAUCGAAAUAUUUCGUACCAACUUGGCUCUUCUCUGCAAUUUUGACUGGGUUCCAGUACCAAUCAGCUACCCUCAG